AUGAGCCUGCCUGUUACGCCGGUUAAGAACAGCGUAUACAGUGCAUUUUCGAUGGAACAUGAGAUGAACCAGGAUCCAAGCCGUGAUAUACCGGAUCCGCGUCAAAAUGGACCUACCAUUCCUCAAAUUAAUGAUAUGGAAAAUCAUGCCGUACCGCGGCUAGGCAAGAAACCCCAGGAGAAUACACAAUCGCAGGUUCGAUUCUCUAUUCCAGAUCCAAACGUGCUGUCGCAAAACUCCCCGCUAAAAAUUGUGUUUCCCAAGAGUGAAAAUGACAUCGAACGGAAGAUGUCCACCUCAUCAUUGUUUAUGAACAGCCACGGCCAUUUAGUCGACAUGCACUCCAAAGUACUUAUCGAUGUCCCAGAAGAAAUUUGGCAAUUUCAUCAUGGUAGAAAAAUGAAAAGUGAAAAGAAGCAUCGCAGAACCCGUUCUGACGUUAAAUCCAAUACAAGUGGGAAUGUUAAAUUGUCGAAUCAUUCCCGAUCUAGAUCCUUGCAGUCAAUUAUAGUGGAUACAAUGAACACAUACCGCGCAGUCGAUGCUGACUCCACUUUCAACGGCAAUAUAAGCAAUGUUAGUCAAGUAUCUCCAUUGAAUUUAUCAUUUGAUAAACCUCCUCUUUUAACACCUGAAAAGCACUUGUAUCUUACGCCUGAAUCCCCGUUGAAUAGAUAUCAUCUGCCCGUGCCAUUGGAAAUAUCUCUACCGCCCUACUUAUCUCCAAAGAACAAGCAUAAACAGAGAAACAGCUUAGUGUACGAUGGAGACGGAUACAGCCAAUUUCAAGAAAGUAAUACCUCAUUGUCUACGGAAUCAUCUGUAGAACAGCCUUCAUCGUCGUAUUCAGAGGAAAACAAUUCUAUUCCAUAUGCCCAUCACGACGUGUCCUUCGAAUUGAGCAAUGCCGAUCCAGAUAAGUUUCUUGGAAUUGAUGAAAAUGCCAAUGUAAAUUUGAAAAUUCAAAAGAAGAACCUGAAAAGUCCGCAUCAUAGCAAGGAGAAGACAUGUGGGAGACGUGAAGAAGAAGAUUUUUUUGAAAAAAAUGAGUCUCUGAAGAUUUUAUCAACACCAAAUAAACUAAUAGACAUCCCUGACUUAGAACGUAUGACUUCUCCGCCAAGUACAGGUUUCAAUGGCACCUUGAAGUUCUUCCAGCAAUUCGAACCUCAUGAAGAGCCAGCAUCUCCAAAUCACAGUGUUAACCGUAAAUCACAGGACAACCUCGAUAUGUCAUUCAAAUUUCCCUGUGAUAUUGCUGGCAACAACAUUGAUAAAGCCCCUGCAAAUAGGAAUUCGGUGAACUCGAAUAAUGAAGACUUCCUAAAAAUUGAUAACUCGCCUGUAAACCAAUCAUUUGAGUCAAGAAGGCAAAUGUUAAUGGAUUUGCAAAAAUCACCCACAAUCAAUGAUCCGAGAUUGCAUAAGCAUAGGAGGAGUAGAAGCGUUCAUAAUAUUGAUGAUACUUUCCUAGAGUUUGAUGCAACGUCUACACCACCAGCUCCAGCAUCAGCUCCAAUACUUCCCGUUAAAGAUUCUACUCCCUACACCUCACCUGAAAUACCCAAAAGAUCACCUCUGCGAUUUAAAUCUUCUGCGAAUAGCCCAGAUACGUCACCUAACAGCCAGCCACCUGACAACGUUUCCUUCCAGCAAGAAAUGUCGGUCCCUUCGAUUCAGAUUAUAGCAGAUGAAACUACUUCGCGGGAGAUAGAAUCAUCGAUUGGAUACCCAGAGAGCGAAGAUGAUCAACAACAUUCCUCUAUCAAAGACGCCGACCAAUCUAUUGCGAUUAUUGGUGAAAUAAAUGAUAACCUAUCGGUAGAGCUAUUCAAACCGCUGUCUUCAUUUACUUCAUUCAGCCAACCAAUAACGAACAAUAAAUCAACUCCUCUAAGUCAAGAUCUUGCAGGCUCAGUGGGCAAGCAACCAACUUAUGUGACUCCACAUUCCGUUCCAUUCAACGUUGUAUCUCCCAAGAGACAAAUAUCAAAUUCGGACAGCAGCAAAUCCUCAUCCUAUAAUUCUGAAUUUUCCUCCAAUACUGCUAUUACAGAUACGACAUCCCAGCCUUCUAUAGCGAUUAACAGAACAGCUUUACAACAAAAUCUUAUAAACAAUAAACAAUUAAAAAAAAAUAGUGGAUUCUGCCCUCCACCCAAAAGGGACAGUUAUUCGUUUCCCAGGAAAAAAGCUACGCCUGUAAAGAAAGGUGAUUUGGAGUUCAAUACUAUUUAUGAGAAAAGAGAUGGCAAAAUGGUUGAGGUUAUCCUAUUGGAUGAAGAUGAGGACAUAAGCUUCAAAAAAGACAACAAUGCCCCACGACCACCAACUAAUCAAACUCAAAAGACUAAAGAUGAGCAAGGGAAGAAAAGGCUAAGUCAGCACAUCGAAGUCUUAGAUAUGUGUGAAAAGACAGCAGAUGAGGCAAAAAAAAUCAUCUAUCAAUUGGUAAACGAAACCACUAAAUAUCCAGAAAAAGAACAUUCAAAAAAGCAAAUUAGAUCAAGAGUACUCCCACCAUUACCUUUUCCGCUGUAUGAUGAAAACGGGAAUUCCUUGAUCCCAAAUAGGUACGAAAGGCAUAUUCACAAUGACAUUUCAUCUCGGUGUAAUCAAAGAUAA